AUGGCAAAGGGAAAACCAAAUAAUAAACGCUAUAAAUAUCCGUUACCAAUUCAUCCAAUAGACUCGUUACCACAACUAUUUCCUCAUAAUCCAAUUUCAUGGGCAUAUUGGGUAUAUUGUUAUUAUAAAAGUGUAAAUUACUUAGAGUUUAGAAUCCCAAUAGAAAUUGUUGGUAGUAGAUAUCCUCAUAUUUUGGUUAAAGAUGUUAGAGGAAUGGAGUAUUUAUGGAGAAAUGGUUUUUUUGGUACUGGACAAUUGUCACGUAGUGAACCUACCUGGUUAGAACGUACUAGUAAAAGAAUUAACAAUGUGAUCAAUAAAGGUGAUCCUAAUUUGAGUUUGGAAAAAAUUACACAAAUUAGAAGAGCUCAAAGAGCUCAUUUUAAGAAACAAAGAAAAGCAAUGGACGACAACUUAUUGGAGAUGCGAAAGAAUGGUUGCACAAAAGAAGAAGAGAAUAGAUACAUAACAGAACAACGUGAACAUCUUAGAGAAUUAAGAGAUGUGCAACUAUCUGAUAGUUUAGGUCCAAGUGAUCAAAAUACUGAUUUGAUAGUCAAAUUCGAAGAUGAUGAAAUCAUAAACGAUCAAAAUGAAAUUAUUAAUCUUGAAUCGUUAGAAUUAUUACCUGUGGAGGCUAUAUUUUUAACAUAUGCAUUACCGGUCUUGGAUACUAAGUUAGAAGACUUGUUUAAUAUUCUUCUUAGAAAAUCACAAGACAAUGAAGCGUAUUCAUAUAAUAACAUAGAGAAUAUAGUAAAACAGUAUCUUAUAUACCACCAUUACCGAUCAAGAGGAUGGAGUGUAAGAUCAGGGAUUAAAUUUGGCUGUGAAUAUUUACUGUAUAAAAGAGGACCACCAUUUCAACAUGCUCAGUUUUGUGUAAUGUCUUUAGGAUAUGAGGAAUCAAAACCUUACGAAUGGUACUCCAGUUUAUCUCGUGUAACAAGUAACGCCAAAAAGAGUUUAAUUCUUUGCUACAUUGAAACUUUGAAAAACGAAGAUGAAAUAAUAAAAUUAUGGAAUAAACAGGACUAUACAAGCGUCUUCUCAAGUUAUAGAAUUUCUGAAGUUGUUUACAAUAGAUGGAUGCCGGGAAAGAAUAGAGAUUAA